GUCGAACCUUGUCGAACGAGCAGUAUGGCCGAGAGGUUAUAACGGUGAUGACAAACGCUUCUUCUACUAGCAUUUAAUGCUCGUAAAUAUUCGGCUUUCUCUCAAAAUUAUAAGUUCUAAAUUGAUUUUAACAGUUAAUUAGUUUCUACUCCUCGAAGAUCAACUUACCGUUUCAGAUUUAAUCGGUACCAAUUAAUAGUGAAAUUACCGUUCAGGAUAGUGUUUGGUAGACUAUUUUGUGCAAGUAUUGGAAAGGGUAACAAGUGGGGACCAAAGGCGAAUGUCCUGAGUUCGUGUGUUUUCGAAUGCGUUUUUUUUUUCUCACGAAUAAAUUCGUCACCUAGAAGCAGCGGUUGAGUAAACUGUUUUCCCUUAAAGUCGUCUGGUCUUUGUUUCGAGAUCUCUAGGAAAGAUUCUACAGAUAUUCUUGAACGAAUAAAGAAUAUCAGCAAUAUUUGUGCAUACACAGAACGUAAACAAGCUGGCUCAGUAGUUUGACCUAUUGAGGGGGUAGUUUUCUAGGACUUGUUCCAUUUCAUCCAUCGCAUAAUGUUGGUAACAGUAACGACGGCAGCGGAUUUCACAUUUCCACUGGAGGUUUCCGAUGACUUGGAACUGGAAAAUUUCAAAGCCCUGUGCGAAAUCGAAAGCGGAUUUCCAGCAAAGGAGAUUGUGCUAACGUUCCGUGGAAAACGUUUGACCGAGGACAAGAAAACGUUGACCGAACAUGGCAUUCACGAUGGGGACAUGGUCUUGCUGCAGCAUAUCAGUGAAGUUGCAUCUCAGCAAACAACCCAGUCACGAUCCCAGUCAGCAGCUCAGCAGGGAACAGGUGGGACAUCCCGACUCGCCAGUCUAGAUUUCAGCUCGAUCCAGGUACCAGGUGCGUCCACUAGUUCCUCCACCAGUGGUGGCGCUGUUGGUGGUGGUGGCGUUUCUGGCUUCCUCAACAACAACAAACCAUCGCCAACGGUUGCGCCCGAAGAUGAUCCAGCCGUAGUACGUGAAAUGUUCCUAACUAACCCGGACCAAUUGGCACUGCUCAAACAGAACAAUCCCCGGCUGGCUGAAGCCUUACUAUCUGGGAAUUUGGAAACAUUCGCAACCGUGUUGCGGAAACAGAUAGCGGAAAAAAUGGAAAAACAACAGCAACGUUUGCGUAUCCUGCAGGCCAGUCCAUUCGACGCCGAAGCCCAGCGCUUGAUUGCCGAGGAAAUUAAACAGAAAAACAUCGAAGCUAAUAUGGAAGCGGCGAUGGAGUACAAUCCGGAAACCUUCGGAACCGUUGUGAUGUUGUACAUCAACUGUCGAGUCAAUGGGCACCCGGUGAAGGCGUUUAUAGAUUCCGGUGCCCAGGCCACUAUUAUGAGUGCAGCUGCAGCAGAACGAUGCAACAUAAUGCGACUGGUGGAUACUAGAUGGGCCGGAAUUGCUAAGGGCGUUGGUGUUCAGAAAAUUAUAGGCCGCAUCCACAUGGUGCAGAUUCAGAUUGAAAAUGACUUUCUUACCUCAAGCUUCUCGGUACUAGAGGAGCAACCCAUGGACAUGCUUUUGGGACUCGACAUGUUGAAGAGACAUCAGUGCAACAUCGAUUUGAAAAACAACCUUUUGAAAAUCGGAACAACCGGAACGGAGACCCGAUUUCUCGCCGAAGGUGAGCUGCCAGAGUGUGCCCGUUUGACUGGCAGUCCAGAGGAGGAACAGAAAGCCCUGCAAGAAUCAGCCCGUUUGGCCGAGGAAUUAGCUGUCAAAGAAGCGCUAACCAAGAGUGAGCAGGAUCAAGAUAACUUUGAUAAGGACGAAAAGCAGUUGUCAGGUCAGGGUUUGUCCCAAAAGCGUCGGCGCUCUCCUUCAACCAGUGGAACCAGCAGCGGAAACACCAAUACCGGAGGUGCUAGCAGUCGUAGUUCUCCGACUAGCGCUGGCCCCCAACAGAAGCCCGGCGAGGAUGUACCUCUGGUGUUGCUGCCGACGGAUCGCUUCAGCGAAAUGGAUGUGGUCGAACUGGAAUCGAUGGGUUUCAGCCGGCAUAUGGUGAUCACUGAGCUGCGCGCUGCUGAUGGAGACAAGGCCAAAGCCACUUCGGGAUUGUUUGCCAAACUCGGUUGAAUAUUGGCAGAGAUCUCUGCCAAACACCUUGUAUGAGUUUUUUGUGCUUUGAUUUGAGACCCACUCCUUGAAGGAUUGGAAAUAUAACACUUUGCAUUUGGAUAGCCAAAUAUCAGGCGCAUUAACCACCUAAAACAACGACAGUGUUGAGAGGCAUUUAUUCGAUUUAUUUUUUGCCAACAAACACAGACAACAGCAAUGUUGCCUCAUCGUUAAUUUUGUAAUCGUAUUUUUAUUUUUGAUAAUUCGUAAAUUAAGUUUUUCCAAUCCUGAUCCAUUUCUUACAUUUUCAAAUCCUUUCUGUUUGAAAUGUUCUUCUACUUAUAUGAUUUCUAGAUUUUCUUGCAAGUACCUUGGGAAAACGAUUUCAGAAUUAACGAUAAUGUCAACAUGUGCUUUUCUUCAUUAUUGAGUUAAAAACACACACCUUUAUGGUGGAUUAACGUUAUUAAAAACACUCGGUUAAUGAGAAAAUUUUGUCGAGGAUUUCUUUUUUUUCAUAAAGUGCGGAAACAAGUUUAUUUACAAUAAUUUGUGGAGGUUGGAACAAGUAAAGCUGAAAUAACACGAACGAGACUUAAACUAUAAAAGUUACUAAAACAGAUUUUUCAUAAUAAAAACUAUUUGAUGCA